UUGAACCAAUGACAAACACUAAGCAGAAAAGAUUCACAAUGACAGUCCACAUCCUUGACAAAUUGAGUAUUGAUCAUUCCCCUGGAAGAACAACUGACAUUGGCUCUAAUCAUGGAAGGAGAUGCACCAAGAUGGGCGGAGUUAAGACCAAACCACCUAUCAAUGGUGAGGAGUACUCUUCACAACAUGAAGAGUGUGGUGUAUCUGAUAAUUCUGAAGAAUGUUCUGAGCCUCCCUUCAUGUUGCCUCACAGAUCUUGUCUAACACCAGCACAGGAGAACAAAGUACUGGAGAAAAUUAAAGACAUUGAGUCAGACUCAGAAUUGCCCUUUUAUGUUGCUAUCAUGGGCAAGAUCAAUGUAUGUCGGGGUAGCAGCCAUUACAUUCACCCUCCCAUCCUGAACUUUGGGUUUCGGUAUGCGGCUAGGUAUCUUGGUGAGAAGUUUGCUGCUGGCCAUCAUGGUGGCAAGUGUAAUGCAAUCAACUUAGUACUUCAGCGGGAGGGGAAGAGCAGACCAUGGCCUACCAAGCUGCGAUAUACACAUGUCAUGCGAGCCUCGAGCCAGCAGAUGAGGGUUAUCAAAGGAUGGCCGUCUUUUGCCCGCGACAACCGCCUGCGGGAGGGGGACCUCUGCCUCUUCAAGCUGAUGGAGAACGAGGAGCAGUUGACGAUGAUGGUCUACAUCAUUCGCCGUGAGAAAUGUUAGCCUGAAAGCAUGCUUGCUGCUAUGAUGAUUUUGAACUUUGGGAGUGCAAAACUGUGUGUGGUAGUGUGUCUUAUCUGCAAAAGGGGGAGCAGUACAUUAUAUUGUUGGUUUCUUAGUUCUGUGAGGACUUUGUUAAUUUGAGAGUAAUUUGGAUGGCUCAAGUUUAAACAA